AUGAAGGUGGAUCGCUUCCGAAAAAAACAAGCGGGAGAGGAGGAUCGUCUACUCGUCCUGCGCACCAUCGCUGGGCCAGCCCCGGUGCCGGCUGUCGGCACGGCCUCGAAGAAGUGCAAAACAUACUUGAUUGUACAAACACUGGACGCGCCGAGCUACCAGCGACGAGAGCCGAGGAGUGCUUUUGCAGGGUGUGCAGGCCUCGCCCGAGCCCAUGCGGGCCAUGGAUCCGGAUGGGACGCCCCUGCCUGUCUAGUCGUCUUGGAAGGUCAAUAG